AUGGCCGAGUCACUUCUUUUCAGCUUUGCACAAUCACUCAUAGGGAAGCUUGCUUCUCGUGCCGUUGAAGAAGCUUCUUUGGCUCUCGGUGUGCACCGCGAGCUACAGCAGAUGAAAGCAACUAUGUCACUCAUCAAAGCUGUGCUGUUAGAUGCUGAGCAAAAGAUGUCGCAGAGCAGUGCAUUGAGCGAAUGGCUGAGACUGAUCAAGCACGUCUUCUCCGACGCCGAGGACAUAGUCGACGAUUUUGAGUGUGAAGCGUUGCGGAAGAACGUUGUCAACACAAAUGGUAGCUGCUCAAGGAAGGUACGCCGUUUCUUCUCUUCAAGUAAUCCUCUUGUUUAUCGUCUUAGAAUGGCGCAUCAGAUGGAAGAUAUCAAGGAGAGGUUGGACAAACUUGCAGCUCAUAGGAACCUGUUUGGCCUUAAAGUCAUUGACCGAGAUAAUCAUGUGGUCCACGUGAGGGAAAUGACUCAUUCUCAUGUAAACCCUUCCAAUGUUAUAGGAAGGGAACAUGAUACACAGAAUAUCAUAAAACUUCUGCUGCAAGAUGGUCAUCAAGAAAAACUCUCUGUUAUUCCCAUUGUGGGAAUGGGAGGUUUGGGAAAGACCACACUUGCAAAGUUGGUGUUCAAUGACACUAGCAUUGAAGAAUGUUUUCCGUUGAAGAUGUGGGUGUGUGUCUCUAAUGAUUUUGAACUUAGGAAUGUGCUUGUUAAAAUCCUUAAUUCUGCUCCUAACCCAACUAAGGAAAACUUCAAUAACUAUGAGACGGAGCAACUUCAACAUCAUUUGAGAAAUACUCUUCGUGGUCAAAAGUUCUUGCUUGUCUUGGAUGAUGUGUGGAACGAGGAGCGUGCUAGAUGGGAUGAUUUGAAGGAAAUAAUAGAUGUGGAUGUUGAAGGGUGUAAAAUUCUGGUGACUACUCGUAGCCACUCAAUAGCUGACAUGAUGCGCACUAAAUCCUCAAACUCUUACCUUCUAGAACGCCUCUCUGAUGAUGAUUCUUUUUCUCUAUUCGUCAAAUCUGCUUUUGAAGAUGGAGAUGAGAAAAAACAUCCACAACUAUUGGAGAUUGGGAAAGAAAUAGUUAAAAAAUGUGGAGGGUUACCGUUGGCUGUGAGAACGUUGGGGAGUUCACUGUUCUCAAGGGUUGAUAAGAAAGAGUGGGAAUUUAUAAGAGACAAUGAGAUUUGGACUUUAAGACAAAAUGAGCAAGGAAUUCUGCCUGCUCUCAAAUUAAGUUACGAUCAACUGCCUUCAUAUUUAAAACCAUGUUUUGCUUCUUUCUCCCUUUUUCCUGAGGACUCUAUUAUUUAUGGCUAUGGAGUUACUAGGCUGUGGGAAGCUCUUGGUUUUCUUCCACCACCACAGAAAUAUGAAUCCAUGGCUGAUGUUGGCAAGCAAUUUUUGCAUGAGUUAUGGUCAAGAUCUUUUCUUUCAGAUUAUGUUGACGUUGGGACUGAUUGCUAUUUUAAAUUGCAUGAUUUGGUAAGUGAUCUUUCAGUGUAUGUUGCGAAAGGUGAGUUUGAAAAAAUAGAUCCCCUCAAUCAACAAGUAUCUGAGUACACUCAACAUUUGACAUUAAUAGAAAAUAAUAUGGGUGGUCGAGCUCUUCUUCCCACAGGUCUGAGAACUCUGCACUGUCGUAACGGAACCAACAACGAAGCUUUCUUGAGCACAUUGGUUGCAAAGUGCAAAUACUUGAGGGUUUUAAACUUAUGUUUUUCUGAAUACGAGAGUUUGCCUCGCUGCAUCGGAAAGUUGAAACAUUUAAGAUAUCUCGGUCUUUCGGAUAGUGAAAAACUUAAGGAACUCCCUGAUUCGAUCUGCAAACUUCAAAAUUUGCAAACUUUGAACCUUCGCGGAUGCAUAAAGCUACAAAAAUUACCCAAAGGAAUAGGAAAUCUAAUCAGCCUUCGUCACCUAACUAUAACCACCAGACAACCUGAUUUUCCUGAGAAAGAGAUUGCAAAUUUGACUUUUUUAGAAUCUUUACAUUUUGUUAAAUGUGAUAACGUGGAGACAUUGUUCACAGGGUUACAACUUCCCAAUCUUAAAAAUUUGUUUUUGAUUGAAUGUGGGAAUCUGAAGUCGGUGUGGUUUCAUGCCAUUAGAAAUGUAGAGGUUUUGAGGAUCACAAAGUGUUGUAAGUUGGAAUUGUGGAUGGGCCUUAGCAGCCAAAUCCCGGAUUCAAGGUUAAAAUUUCUUGUUCUUUUUGAUUUAGAACAGUUGAUCACUUUGCCUCAGUGGUUGGAAGGAUCUGUGAACACCUUACAUACCCUUUCCAUAUAUGACUGUGAAUUUGGAGGAGCUUCCUGA